AUCACCACCACCUCCACCACCACCACCACCAGCACCUCCACCACAGCAGGCAGCGGAGGGUGGAUGGUUCAGGCCGGGAACGCAGCGGGGGGGGGCGGUGUUGUGGGGGGGAGGGGCGCCGGGGGAGGUGGUGGUGGUGGUGGUGGUGUUGACCCUGCCAGUGCCACCCUGCUCUCGGCACUCUCGUCCCCAGACACUCUGGACGCCCUCUCUCAGCUGAUCUCACAGGAGCUGCUUGAUGACGCCAUCCUUAAUGUGGUGUUUGAGGUUCACCAGAGCAUCAAGACGGGGUUGCUGGUGCUGGAGAUGGGCACACUUGAAGAGGACACCAAGUUCCUGCAAGUGAGCGCUGAGGGCCUGGAUGUGUUUGGCCAGGCGCCGAUUAAGAAACAGCAGGAGUGUGUUUGUCCAAGCUGCUCAAGGAACCUGGCCGCCUCGAGGUUCGCUCCACACCUUGAGAAGUGCAUGGGGAUGGGGCGGAACUCCUCUCGGAUCGCCUCCAGACGGAUCCAGAACAGCACUAAGGAAAACAGCGGAGGUGGGACCGUCGGAGGGGGGGGCGGGGGGGGCAGCGACGACGAGGAGGAUGAGGAUUGGUUGAUCGAUCGGAAGCGGAAGAAGAGGGACAAGAACUCGCCUCGGAGGUCCAAGAAUGCUAAGCUGUCAAAGGGCGGCGGAAACAACAACAACAACAACAACAACAACAACAAUGAGAACUCCACCACAGGCAACCUUACCACAACCACAAACAACCACAACAGCAACAGCAGCAGCAGUAGCAGCAGCAGCGGCAGCAGCAACAACCACAACAACCACCACCACAGCCACCACCACAACCACCACUCAACCACCACCGUCGAGAACACGUUGGCGACCGGUUCGGCGGAGGAGAAGCGAGCGAUCUUCCGCCAGAUUUGUGGAGUGGUCUCGGAACACACACGGAAGAUGUGCACCCGCUCCAUCCGUUGCCCCCAGCACAGCAGCGAGCAGAGGCAGGCCGUCAGGGAGCAGGUCCUCAAUGGGGGGUCGGACACCACCACCACCCGGGCCACCGCAGACUCCACCACCACCACAACCACAUCCGCCAGCAACCGGAAUCUCAUGAUCGGUGAAUCAGAUGAUAUUCAGGUUGACAUUGACAGCUUGGAUGAGGGACACUUGGGUUGGGACAAUGAUCACUCCAACACCACCUCCCCGGCGGACUCCACCUCCACCAACAACUCCACCUCUUCCACCCUGGCGCGGCGGAGCAAAAGUAAGAAGAAGUCAUCGAAAUCGUCCUCUUCAAAAUCGAGUUCGAGCAGCCACGGAUCAUUGCUGGAUUGAUUGUGUGUGUGUGAGGGGGGGGGAGGGAGAGAGAGAGAGAGAGAGAGAGAGAGAGGAGGGAGAGAAUGAGGAGGAAAGGGAGGGAAUGAGAUGAGAGAUAGUGUGUGUGUGUGUGAGAGAGAGAGAGGGGAGGGAAGGGAGAGAAUGAGGAGGAAAGGGAGGGAAUGAGAUGAGAGAUAGUGUGUGUGUGUGUGUGUGUGUGAGAGAGAGAGAGAGAGAAAGGAGGAAAAACUGUGAGAGAGAGAGAGAGAGAGAGAGAGAGAGAGAGAAAGGAGGAAAAACUGUGUGUGAGAGAGAGAGAGAGAAGCGAGCUAUCUCUAAUUAAUUUAUAAAAGGAGUUCAUUUAGAUUUUAAGUUCUAAUCAAAUCUAUCUCUCACUCUCUCUCUCUCUCUCUCUCUCUCUCAGUGCCCACAGUAUGUUGAUAACCCCCACCAGACUCUCUCUCUCUCUCUAUCAAUCAUUAAUAUUAUUUUGAGAGAGAGAGAGAGAGAGAGAAUCAUUGCAAGACUAAGAAUGAGAGAAAGUUAGAGAAAGUAAGAGAGAGAGAGAGAGAGAAUGCUACACAGGGGAAGGGUAGCAACAACAACAACAACAAUAAUAAUAAUAAAAAAAAUGUGAUAAUUAAAGAAAAAGAGAGAGAGAGGUGUAGAGAAAAUGUGAUAAUUGUGAGAAAAUAAAGAGAGAGAGGAAGAGAA